UGCUACCUCGUCGUCGUCGACGGCAGCAAUAAUGAAUGAGAAUGACGACGACGAUUCCAACCCGCCGUUGAUGGCCACGUACAAGCAUCUCUUGGCGGAGAGCCGACUGGAUGCCGAUGACCGGACGACGACGAUGAUGGACGACGACCAUCACAGCCGCAGGUGCGUCGUCCUCCCGGUGAUCGACCUGCAGCACGGCGAGGAGCAGUGCCGGGCGGCCAUCGUGCGCGCGGCGUCGGAGUGGGGAUUCUUCCAGGUCACCAACCACGGCGUGCCGCAGGCGCUGCUGGACGAGCUGCACGAUGCGCAGGUGGCCGUGUUCCGGCGGCCCUUCAAGCUCAAGGAGCGCGAGCCGCUGCUGGACUUCUCGCCGGAGAGCUACCGCUGGGGCACGCCGACGGCGACGCGCCUGGAGCAGCUGUCGUGGUCGGAGGCCUACCACAUCCCCUUGACCGGUACCACGCCGCCGGCCACCUCCUCCUCCGGUGACAAGACCAGGCUAGUGAUCGAGGACGUGUCCACGGCGAUGUCGGAGCUGGCGCAGAAGCUGGCGGGGAUCCUCGUCGCCGACCUGCGCGGCGACGAGGAGAACGUGGUGUCGAGGUGCACGCGGAGCACGUGCUUUCUGCGGCUGAACCGGUACCCGCCGUGCGGCGCGGCGGGCGGCGCCUUCGGGCUGUGCCCGCACACGGACAGCGACUUCCUGACCAUCGUGCACCAGGACGGCGUGGGCGGCCUGCAGAUCCGCAACGAUGAGCGGUGGCUCGCCGUGGAACCCAACCCCGGCGCGCUGAUCGUGAACGUGGGCGACCUCCUGCAGGCGUGGAGCAACGACCGCUACCGGAGCGUGGAGCACCGGGUCAUGGCGAGCGCGGCAAGCGAGAGGUUCUCCGUCGCCUUCUUCCUCUGCCCCGCCGACGACGCGCUCAUCCGCCCGCGCAUCAGCGCCGGCGGCGAUCGGCCAGCACCUCGGUACAAGAGCUUCACCUUCGGCGAGUACCGGAACCAGAUCAGGGAGGACGUCAGGCUCACGGGCCGAAAGAUGGGCCUGCAACGCUUCCGGAUCCAAGGAGAAGGCCCACUGUGAAAAGAGCCCAAAAGCUCUUUAUCAUCUUUAUAGAUAUAGACCUGACAUGACAUAAGUAUUGGCC